AAUUCCUUUCAUACCAUCAUGGUCGCGCCGCCGGUCGUGGCCGCCGUGGACACCCCAUGGUUUGUCAAGAAGGAGUUCUCUCUGAGCCCGACGACGCUCCUCACGACGGUGUCACCGAUCCUAGAAGCCAAGGUGCGGCCGGCGCUGACAGUCGACACGACACAAAGCGCCGCCAACACCCUGUAUCUAGCGCUCUCGGCCCAGACACGCCAACUCCAGCGCGACCUCGCCGCCGCGCUCGAGAGCAUCAAAGUGCUCACGGCGGAGCGGGAUGCGGCCCACGCCACGAUCCGUGAGCUCCAAGCGGCCAACGAGGCGCACGUCGCAGGCCUCACUAAGCGCGCGAACGACGCCGAGGCCAAAGCCCUCGCAGCAUCCGCGGACGCGCUCCUUGCAAACAUGGCGCGCCUCGACUUGGACUACCGUCUCUUGCACCUCCAGGCGACGCACCAUGAGCGCUGCACACAGCUCGAGCUCCACAACGCCAAGCUUUUGCGCGACGUCGCGACGCUUCUGGCCCACCGACACCGUCUCGAGGAAGAGAAGGACGUCCACGAGACCGUCAUUCGAACUCUCCACGCGCGCACGAGCUACUUUAAAGCUCGCAUGCGUGAAUUGGAGACGGACCUGGAUACGCUCACGCACCUUAUGCCGGCCGUGACGACGCCGGUGACGGCGAUCGCGCCUAAGCUGACAAAGCCGCUACCGCCCCUUCGCAUUCUCACGUCCAAGGUCGUCUCGAGCAUGCUCCAUGAAGCCGCGAUGCUGUACUCGCUCCAUCGCGCCAACGAGCUCCGGAAACCGCGCCGCUGCAAACGCCUCUCGGCCAAGAAACCGUCUCGCCGUCUCCUCCUGCUCUAG